UAUUGGGUACUCUGGACGUCAACUCCUAGGUUUUCACCUCGCCAUUCAUUUUCAGUUCUUAAAAGAAGGCGCACCGAACAUAUUACAUUGCUCAAAAGCUGUACGCUAUACCUCUAGAGCUUUCCCCACUCUUCUUGGAUUUAAAGGACAAGCAAAUAAUGCAAUAUCAAUAAUGGAAGUUAUUAUGCGUUACCAUGGCUGAAAACCGAAUGGAACUAUUUAUUGAAACACUGACAGGGACUGCAUUUGAACUUAGUUGCUCACCAUUAGAAACAAUAGUAUCUAUAAAAGCCAAAAUACAGUAUUCAGAAGGCAUUCCAGUUUCACAGCAACAUUUAAUAUGGAAAUCUCAAGAGCUUAAUGAUGAUCUUUGUCUUCAGGAUUAUUGUAUUAAAGAUGGGGCUACAUUAAAACUUGUGCUUGGUAUGAGAGGUGGCCCCAUCAAUACAAGACAAGUUUCAGAGUCUAAAAAACUCAAAGACCUGGCAGAUUAUGUUGAGAGAAGGAGUGAAACUGGUGGAUCCAGUGGAAGUCCUUUUACAGUUUUAGUGUUUCAUGAUGGAGACAAGGUUCAUAUGUACACUUUAAUGGACAGAGGUGACUGCUCUAUUUCUCCUUUGUCUGGUACAAUAAGUGAGACCUCAUCAGUUGCAUCGAUAAAACAUGUUGAAGAACUUGAUCAGGAACUUAUGAGAGAAAAUGAAAUCACCAAGGAGAAAAUUGCACAACUGCAAGAGCAAAUAAGGACCUUAAAUAUUAACAGAUCUAAAAAAGCCAUUCCUUCUAUAUCCCAUGGAAAAGGUUAUAGCAGAAAUACUUUUGAUGUUAGUUCAAAUAGGGAAUUCCACCUGCCACCCCUCCAGAGGAUAGAUUCUUUAAACUCACAGAGCUUACCUUAUGUACACAGAGAUGGCAAGAAAAAUUCACGAUCUUCAGAAAAGUCAUAUUUGACGCAUUUUGCUCCCAAGGUUGGAAGAAAUUGUUCACCGGGCUCUGAAUCUUUGUUGAGCACAUUAUCUCAUGAAAGUGUCAGUAACAUUGAAUCGAAACAAGAAAGGUAUAUCAAUGUAAGUGAGAGAAAUGCAGUAUUAGAUUCUGUUCUGAAUAGGCUAUCUAUCACACCCGAGAAAAAUAACGCAACCCAAAAAAGCCAAUCAUGCUCAAGUUUUCUACCUUAUAUUGAAUCAGCGCAGGGAAAUUGCAGCAUACAAAAAAAGCAUAACUCAAAUUCACAUGCACAGAGUACUCAACUUGUGGGUAUCAGCUUAAGUUCAUCAUGCAUAACCUCUUUUACAAAAAAUGACUCUUCUAGAAAAAAAAAUGCGCACAAGCAACCGCCACAUACAAGCAGCCAAUCAUCAUCUUGUCAAAGGCUUCUGGAUUUGGAGGAAUGGUUUCAAAACAGGCCCAAAACAACUCCUGAACUAGCUACUCCUAAAACAGCCUACAGUUCACAUAACAUAUGUAAAAAUAAAUCUCUUCGUAAACGCAGGAUCAAGCAAAGUUUCAGGAAUCCUUUAUCAGUUACUUUAUCAUCUGGUGAGAAUUCUAGUUUAAUGGUGCAAUCUUUGAGCAAACACAGUGACAUUUCUUAUGACAUUCCAUCCUCGGUCAGUUGCAAAGAAAAGCCAUAUUAUUCUCAUAGCAGUUCAAAGACUGGUCUUGAAACUCUAGUAGCCAAUUUAAAAGCGCUGAGAUCUUAUUCUCCUCAGAAACUUACAAUGCAAGAUAACUCCUUCUCAAAAGUUAAAAGUACAAAAACUCCACCUAGACCUAGUGAAGAAAUAAGACCUUGUUCUGGAAGAAAGUUACCUCUUAUAAAAUCUAAGAAAAAAUCUCACAAAAGAUGCUCUCUUUGCUCAAAAAAGACAGGGUUAGCUACAAGUUUCACUUGUAGGUGUGGAAAGAAUUUUUGUGCAAGUCAUAGGUAUGCUGAAGUUCAUCACUGUACAUAUGAUUAUAAAACGGAAGGGCGACGAAUCCUUCAACUUAAUAACCCAGUUGUGACUGCAUCUAAGUUGCCUAAGAUUUGACAAUUACUGUACUAUAAUCUGAAAAUAGC